GUCACGCCCCUGCGCCCGCCAACCGGACACCCUAGUCUUCCGCAGAAUCCUGCCGGGGCACGGCCGCUUCAGGGCACGGGGCUGCUGCGCGCGAAGUCCUUUCCUGUGGUCUUUGUGGACCGCCGCUUGGACUCCACGAUGUACCACAACAGCAGCCAGAAGCGUCACUGGACCUUCUCCAGCGAGGAGCAGCUGGCCCGACUGCGGGCCGACGCCAAUCGCAAGUUCAAAUGCAAAGCGGUGGCCAACGGGAAGAUUCUUCCAAAUGAUCCAGUCUUUCUUGAGCCUCAUGAAGAAAUGACACUCUGCAAAUACUAUGAGAAAAGAUUAUUGGAGUUCUGUUCUGUUUUUAAGCCAGCAAUGCCAAGGUCUGUUGUGGGUACAGCUUGUAUGUACUUCAAACGUUUUUAUCUUAAUAACUCAGUAAUGGAAUAUCACCCCAGGAUAAUAAUGCUCACUUGUGCAUUUUUGGCCUGCAAAGUAGAUGAAUUUAAUGUAUCUAGUCCUCAAUUUGUUGGAAACCUUCGGGAGAGUCCUCUUGGACAGGAGAAAGCACUUGAACAGAUUUUGGAAUAUGAACUACUUCUUAUACAGCAACUUAAUUUCCACCUUAUUGUCCAUAAUCCUUACAGACCAUUUGAGGGCUUCCUCAUUGAUUUAAAGACCCGCUAUCCCAUGUUGGAGAAUCCAGAGAUUUUGAGGAAAACAGCCGAUGACUUUCUUAAUAGAAUUGCAUUGACGGACGCUUGCCUUUUAUACACACCUUCCCAAAUUGCACUGACUGCCAUUUUAUCUAGUGCCUCCAGGGCUGGAAUUACUAUGGAAAGGUAUUAUUAGUGUUUCACCUUGAGUCA